GGUUGAGUUAGUGCUAACUGAUACAUGGUUGAGAUUUAACUCGUAACUCGUAAGAAGGUAAGUAGGGAGUACGGAGGGUUCUUCGCUUUCCUCAAACAAUUGAAGCGUUGGAGGAUUGAGAUGUCUGUCGACUCUGUCCCCAGUUGUUUGUGGUUGUAAGGCUAACAGCUAACUGGAAAAGAGCGCCAAAUUGCAUAAUAUCGAAUAUUGGGAUGUGAAAGUGGGGUUUGGAAACGGCGAUGAACUCUCUUCACGUUCACGCUGCAGCUGCUGUUGUUCCCAGGGCUACGAGAGCUCUUUGUUCUUCCUCCACUCUUCUCUUCUUCAAUCACACUCCUAAUUUUCUCUCCACUCUCAAUCACUUCAACAUUGGAUUGCCCAACAAUAUUCGUCAUCAUAAUUGUUCCUGUUUCUACAGAUUCAAUAGAAGCGUAGCCGCCGAGCUCAGGAGUCCCGACCUUGUGGCCUUAGAAUACGCUGAGCUCAACCUCAAGGAGAAAGUUAGCGAGGUGGGUCACGUCCGAAUCCGGCAACAUGUGAACCCUCUCAGUGCUUCCCUCACGAUUCCAGUAGAAGUUCCAAACUGGAAUGAGGUAUAUGGAGACUCCAUGCUGCCGCUUAUGGUGGAUAUUGGAAGUGGUAGUGGCAGAUUUCUCAUAUGGCUUGCAAGAAGAUUUCCUGAGUCAAAAAAUUAUUUGGGACUGGAAAUACGAGAUAAAUUGGUUAAACGUGCACAGUUUUGGGUGAAAGAAUUGGCUCUUAAUAACGUGUAUUUCAUGUUUGCAAAUGCUUUGGUUUCUUUUGAACAACUGGUAUCCAGUUACCCUGGACCUUUGAUGUUAGUAUCUAUUCUUUGUCCUGAUCCACAUUUCAAGAAAAGGCAUCAUAAAAGAAGAGUUGUGCAGAAGCCUUUGGUAGAUUCUAUUUUAAAGAAUUUACAUCCUGGAGGAUGGGUAUUUCUGCAGUCAGACGUGCUUGAAGUGGCGCUUGAUAUGAGGAAUCAGUUCGAGUCCCAUUCUGAUGCGCUUGAACAUAUUACUGAAAUUGACCCUAGUGUGUUAUGUGACAAUGAGGGGUGGCUCUUAAGCAACCCAAUGGGAAUACGGACUGAAAGAGAGAUCCACGUGGAAUUUGAAGGAGCAAAACUUUACAGAAGGAUGUACCAGAAACGGAUAUAGCUUUAUGCUAUUUUCACACAAUUUUCAUUGUGAGAUGGCAUAAAUAUUAAGUUGUCAACUUCCUGUUUUCGUGGUGUGCUUUUUGAAACAAACUAUAUUGCAAGUUGGUGUCUAGUCAUUCCUCAUUUCUGGUCCAAAAGUAGUUCAAAUUUUGCCUCAGUGUUGGAUAUUUUGAUGUGUUUGAUCCAGUUUAAUUGAAUUAAAAUUAAUUAAUUAUAUUUUUCUUA